AUGUUGGAGAUCAGACGUGCACAGGUUGUCCUUAUCCUCUUUGGGUUUCUUGUACCCACCCUCUGCUGCGACUGGCUAAGACAAUAUAUGGAUUUGAGUGACGAGUGUCUAUCAAAGCUGCAAAAUCUGGGUGGUCCCGUCACGAAUGAGGAAUUUCAACUACCCUUUCCCAGAAAACUUUAUCGGCAGGCAAAGAAGUCUCAGGCGGCGUGCAAAUGGAUGUUCAUCCGUGACAAUUUGGGCCACAUUUUGGAUCUUUACCAGGAUCUCGAUGCCUUACGAGUUGGCUGGGAUGCCAACAACUUAGAGGAUCUUCUGGUACUACUUGACAGACAGAAGACCGAGCUCAGCGAAUGUAUUUCAGCAGUAAAAACCAGGUGUGAUUGGUCCAAACCGCUACAGCGCUACUACACUAGAUUGAGCAACGUAACUCUCAACGGCACCGAGGGCAGUAGCGCCCAGUGGGAGUUGAUCCGCAGUGAAACCAAAAUGCACCUGGAGCGGCUGCACCUGUUGGUGGCCGGAGCCACAUAA